GAGAGAGAGAAAGAGAGUGAGUGAGCGAGUGAGUAAGUGGGGUGGUGGGCGGACGGGUGGUAGGUCGUUGGUGGGAGUUAAUAGGCAGAGGAGAGUAAAGAGGCCGUGUGCGCGCGAGGCAACGUCCAAACGCGACGCGCGCGUCACGUUACGAACGUUAAAUACGACUUAUCCUGGUAUAAAGUUAAUGUGUUACGAAGCGCGACGAAAUGAAGCUAACACGAAGGUGUUUCGGGAAUAUCACCAAGAUGCUAGAUUUCUACUCGCAGUUCAACCCUUCGCCACUUUCGAUAAAGCAGUUCAUCGAUUUCGGACUAAGCGCAUGCGAAAGGAAGUCUUUUAUAUUCUUAAGGAAGGAGCUACCGGUACGACUCGCUAAUAUCAUGAAAGAGAUCCAUCUGUUACCCGAUAAUUUAUUGAAAACUCCUAGUGUCGUAAUAGUAAAUAAUUUAUACGUCACUUCGUUUGAGGAAAUUAUACACUUUGAAAAGUCUGAGGUUAACGAUACCACUUUGGAUAAAUUUUGUCAAGCUUUGAUCAAAAUCCGAAACAGGCAUAGCGACGUUGUCCAAACGAUGUCCCAGGGUGUUCUUGAGCUGAAGGAUUCUUACGACGUUGAUAUUCAAACGGAGAACAGCAUCCAGUAUUUCCUCGAUAGAUUUUUCAUGUCACGAAUUUCUAUUCGUAUGCUCAUCAAUCAGCACACGCUUCUAUUUGGUGGGUUGUUGAACGGUCACAGCAGACACAUAGGAUGCAUAGAUCCGUCGUGCGAUGUUAUCAGUGUUAUCAAAGAUGCCUACGAGAAUGCACAGUUUCUAUGCGAUCAAUAUUAUCUGUCUAGUCCGGCAUUAAACGUGAAGCAACAUAAUGAACUUGAACGAGGUAACGAAAUACGAAUCGUUUACGUACCAAGUCAUUUGUAUCACAUGCUCUUUGAAAUAUUCAAGAAUAGUAUGAGAGCAAUAAUGGAAUAUCACGGAUCGGAAUCAGACGAUUAUCCGCCGAUCGAUGUGACUGUUGUACGUGGAAAAGAGGAUAUAUGCGUGAAGAUAUCUGACCGUGGCGGUGGCAUACCUCGUUCGCAUAUGGAUCAUCUUUUUAAGUACAUGUAUAGUACCGCGCCUCAGCCAAGCAAGUCGGAUGCACAUACUGUCCCUCUCGCUGGUUAUGGUUAUGGUCUUCCUCUAUCUCGUUUAUACGCUAGGUAUUUUCAUGGUGACAUCGUUUUGCUCAGCUGCGAAGGUUACGGCACCGAUGCGAUCAUUUAUCUGAAGGCUCUUUCGAACGAGGCAAACGAAUUGUUACCUAUAUUCAAUAAGACUUCUUCGAAGUUUUAUCGUACUCCAGUUCCUACGGCUGAUUGGAGCAGCCAAUGCGGUGGCGGUAUGGCCACUAGACAACUUAGAAUGAGUUAUACUCAAGGACAUAGAUUACCUCACGAUAUGGAGGCCGGUCGUUGCUAACGAAAUUUUAUUUCAUUUAAAAGAAAAAAAAAAAAAAAAAGAAAAAAAAAGAGUUGAUAAAACGCCUGACGUUUUAUUCAAAUUAAUUUUCGUACUAUGACGCGUAGUCCACCCACCACCCUGAUUUUUUUUUUUUUUUUUUUUUUUUUUCCCCGUUCAGUUAGAUACCUCGAAAUGAGCUUCGACGAGAAAAAUGUCAAUAGUUGCGAUAUAGAUAUUAGCGAUCUGAGAUGAAAAAUCUUUGAUUAUUAGUUCUGCAUUGGACGUUAUCUUGAUAGUACCUUAGUCCCUGUCAGAAAUGGAGUCACGGUAUAAAUUAAAGAAGAAAAGAAGAAGAAGAAGAAGAAGAAAAAAAAAGGUUUUUCUAUUUUUACGUCUCACAUUAAGCAUCGCUAUCACGAGAUGUUACAUAUCAAGUCAAAGUGACAGAUCUGCCAAUUGAUUGUUAUAAUUCGACCUGUUCAUUCUUAUUUCUGAGAGUAUCCAACUGAUUUUUAUUUAUUUCUUCCUUUUUUUUUUUUUUUUUUUUUUUUUUAACAAUUUCAAAUAAUCAUUGUCAUCGAUGGAUCGCAUAGUGAGCAAAACGUAAGAAUUAUUGAUAUACUUAAUUAAAUAUAAUUUUUGCUUACUCGAUCAUUUAUCUUUUUUCCUCUUACUUUAUUAACAAUGACGUAUUGAGCAUUUUUAUAACUUAAAAUGCAUUUUUUGUUUUUCUCUUUUAUCGCAACAAAAAAAAAAAAAUAAUAAAAAUAAAAAAAAGGGAUAAAUUUAAACGGCAUUGAUGAAUAUUAGGAACCAUUAUUACUUUUGUGGAUUCUACAAUGAUAACCACAAAACGCUGACUGUGAUGUAGUAGGCAAUUUUAAUUUUUAACUGUUAGACAGCUAAAACUUGUUAAUCGUUAAUACCAUAUUAGUACUAUGAUACUAAUAUCGGAUGUAAUAAUAUUAAAAUUAUAAUUUUACGUGUAGCCUGUAUGUCGUGUAUAUACUUCGAAUGAAGUCGAAGAGAGUCGCAUUAAGUCUCCCACACAGAAAGUAUUUUCUAUCAUAGUAAUAAUUCAUCUAAUAAUAAAUGAUGAAAAAGUUGAAUAUUUUCAAUGAUACCUCAAUUUUUAAUAAUGACAUUUUAUAAGAAGGAAGCUCAUCAAGAUAUUGCAGAAACUGUCGUUUUUAUAAAAUGCGAUAAACUUCGUUCUUGUAAGAUUCCGAAAGUAAAUACAGGACUGUAGUUUUUUUUUUU